ACCCACACACACGAGCAUGGCUGGCGCUGCUGGCGGCGGAGCGGGGGGGCGCGGAGGGUCCGCGCGCGGGGGGUCCGCGCUGGCGCAAGAGCUGCUGCUGUACGUGUGCAGCGCGGGGAUCAGCGCGCUCGUGCUGCUCUUCACGUUCCGCCAGCUGGACCCCAACCGCGCGCAGGCUAAGCUCGCCAAGCAGCGGAAAAGGGAGAUCGCCAAGCGACUGGGUCGGCCGUACAUCGAAACCAACACGUAUGAGGACGUGAUAGCAAACGAUGUGAUCAACCCACAGGACAUCCACGUCACAUUUGACUCAAUAGGCGGCCUGCAGCACGUGAAGGCGUCUCUUCACGACCUUGUCAUUUUGCCCCUGCAGCGACCCGAGCUCUUUGCACAGGGGCGCCUGUUGCGACCACAGAAGGGUGUGCUGCUCUUCGGCCCGCCAGGCACUGGUAAGACGCUGCUGGCGAAGGCGAUUGCCAAGGAGUGCAGAGCGGUGUUCAUCAACGUGCGGAUCGCCAACCUCAUGAGCAAAUGGUUUGGGGAUGCUCAGAAGCUAGUCACAGCGGUGUUUACGCUAGCCCACAAGCUGCAGCCAGCCAUUAUUUUCAUCGACGAGGUGGAGUCCUUCCUGGGGCAGCGGCGGAACACGGAGCACGAGGCGGUUACCAGCAUGAAGACGGAGUUCAUGUCGCUGUGGGACGGCUUCAGCACUGACGACACGGCACGGGUGAUGGUACUAGCAGCCACCAACCGCCCCUGGGAGCUGGACGAGGCCAUUCUCAGGCGCCUGCCCCGCCACUUUGAGAUUCCCCUGCCGGAUUUAGCCGGCCGCACCAGCAUCCUGGAAGUGAUCCUGCGGGACGAGGACGUGGAUGAGGACUUGGACUUGCAGGAGAUCGCCUCUCUAUGCGCGGGCUACAGCGGGUCUGAUCUCACAGAGCUGUGCAAGCAGGCGGCGUACCUGCCUCUUCAUGACUUUCUGGAGGAGGAGCGGAGAGCGCUGCAGGGGAAGGGGAAGGACCCCACCUCCCAGCGCCCCCUCGCCCGGGCGGACUUCCUGCGAGUGCUUAGCGAGUCCCGCCCGUCCCGAGACGCCGCCUUUGACUAUCUGCGCAAGCGCAGCAGCAGCAGCGCCAGCCUGCCGCACCUGGGAGAGGACCUUAUCCCCACUGCUGCCACCACCAAUGGCACCGCCUUUCCCUCGUACCCUUAUGCGAAUGGAGGGGCGCUCACGCCGCCCAUGGCUGCUGGUGGUGCUUCGCAAGCAGCACAGCAGGCGGAUUUGAUGCGGCUGCUGUUUCAGGCGGCAAUGGCCUCGGCUUUGCAACCGCAAGCGAUGCAACCGCAAGCGUCACAGCCACAGUCCAUGCAAGCACAGGGAGGGGAGCAGCAGAGCGUGCAACAGCAAGGGGUGUCCCAGCAGGCCUUGCAAUCAAGUGAAGGGGAGAUGGGCUUCGGAAACAGUGCUCCUGCCGGUGCUGGUUCCGCUGAUGCUGCUGGUGCUGCUGUAGGUAGUGGUGGUGGCGACGCGGACGGCAGUGAUGUUUCUGGUGAUGAUUGUGGAAGCGACCACGCGGACGACGCGGCAAAUGCGGACGACGCGGACGACGCGGACGACGCAGACGAUGCGAACCACGCCUACGACGCGGACGGCGACGAUACGGCGAGGAACGGCGCCCGAAUGACUGGAACGGGGUUCCUUCCUCUGCUAAUGCAAAAGAGUUCUCGCGGGUCGUCGCGCAACGGCGGCGACGCGGACGACGACGACACGGCGAGCACCGCGUCGUCGUCGAGCGACCUUCCCGCCGUGUACUCCGGCGCGCGCGACGACGUCUACUGCGCGGCGACGGCCACGGAAGCGCUUCUAGACGCGCUGCAGGAGAAGCGGUCGACAACUCGCGAGGCGGCGCUCAAAGGGCUGGCGACGACUCUGGCGUCGCAAGUGCACGGGGAGCUGGUGCAGGACAAGUUCGACACUCUCACGCAGGGUUUUCUCUCGUGCCUUAGAAAGGGCAAGGCGCCCGAGCAAGUUCUCGCUGCCCGAUGCCUUGGUCUGCUGGCGCUCACCCUAGGGGCGUCUGACUCGUGCGAGGAGCUGCUCUCCUCGUCGCUGCCGCAUCUGAGCAAGCUGGCUCGCGCUGCUGGCUGUGCCGCCACCCGCGUUGCUUGUCUAGACGCCAUGGCCAUCAUCACGUUCGUGGGGGCCAUGGACGCACACGCCACAGAGGAAAGCAUGAGCCUUCUGUGGCUCGUUGCGAACCCUCAGGGCGCCAGCAAGGCGGUGGUACCAGCAACAGUGAGGGGAUCAGCCAUCAGCAACUGGACCCUGCUGCUCUCCACACUGCCCUUCUCGCAGCUCUCGCAGUUCCACACUCGCAGUGAGCUGGAAGUUCUAUCCCGCUGUCUGCAAGACGCGGACUUGAGCGUGAGGGGGGCGGCAGGCGAGGCCAUAGCCCUCGUGCACGAGCACUGCCCUGCAGACGCUAUAGAGGAGAGCGGUGCAGGCUCGGGAGGAGGUUCGGCGAAUGGCUUGGCAAACGGUGGUGUGGAGAGCAGUGACUCGGAUGACUCUAUCGUGGAUGGGGUGGUGCUGCCUGAUAAACCCGUGGGCGGAGGGCGUCAGGGCAGUGCGACGGUACAGAGGGCGGUGGAGCAGAUGCAGCAGCUGACGGUGGGCAGCAGCAAGCAGAUGACCAAGAAGGACCGCCUGUCCCAGCGCCUGGCGUUCCGGGAGAUUUUAGGGUCUAUCAGGGACAACGGGCGAUGCUCAGAGACUGUCAUCAGGCUGAAGCACGGCGACUCACUGCGCGUCGACACGUGGACGCUGACAGUGCAGCUGAAUGCUCUCCGGAGGUUCCUAGCAGACGGCUUCCAACGCCAUUUGCAGGAGAACGAGUUGCUGCACCAGGUCUUCAGCUACCAGCCUCGCAUGGAGAAGAAGGAGGUCUUCCAAACUGCCGUGCAGAAGCGUAUGAUCCUCUCUCCCAACUCUGAGGCCAGCCGUAACCGCUCCGUGGCUCGCAGGCGCAGCCGUCUCGCAGCACAGGUCUUGGAGGUUCCGUGUUCCCGCGGCCACGUGGAUGGACCGCACAUGCCGUGCCACAUAUCCAGGCCCAGCAAGUCUCAGACUCCUGAGUGGACGCACCUCGAGAACUCCCAUAACCUCCAAUUCCGUGGCGGCAGCGGUGAUCAUGCAUUGACUACUACCAACUCGUCCGAGACUCCUAACAGCCCGCCACGGGAAUCAGUGGAGCGGCUAUACGAGGCUGGAUUCGGGUCAUGCGGCUUUCCAGAUAUUGCUGACGACAGAGAGUGCGUAGCAGAUCUCGCAGCCUACCCCGAGCUGAAUGUGCAUAGCGGUUCCCCCACCGUGCGCCGCUUGGCGUGCCUGGCGCACACCUAUCUGCGCCCGUGGAUGGGCAUCCCCGGGGUGAAAAAGGGCAUGGGGGCGCGAGGAAUGAUCAGCCCGCGUCUUCUCAAUCGGAUGGGACGCAUGGCCAGCGUGCUCUCGUGCUCCGGACACGUGCGCAUAGUCAACGGGGAGAUCUUCUUCCGCCUCGGUGGCUUCGAGUUCUUUUGGUACCGCAUGCGCCGCUUCGUCUUUUCAAUCCUCAUGAUCAAGGAGGCCAUUGCAAAGUACAACCUGCACUCUCUCAGCGCCGAGUUCUUCAUCAGCACCUGCGACAUGCACGUCAGCAAAGCCUCUUCCAUCGCCGAUCGCCGCGCCGGCCUCCCCAUUUUCAGCCCGCACGGCGCGCCUGGCAGCAUCGACAUACUCUACCCCGACCCGGUGGAUCUAAGCAAGAGUUAUUUCCAUACCGGGGAGGAUGCUGUGCCGUGGGAACAGAAGCAGAGCCGGGCCGUCUUUCGCGGCGGGAUGACCAACUUCCACGUCAGCUACGACACGCAGUGGCGAGCCAGCCCUCGGUUCCGCGUGCAUCGGAUGUCUCAAUUGCGUCCCGACAUCCUCGACGCAAAGGUUGUUGAGAACCACCUGAACGCGGCUGUGAAUGGGGAGCUUCUAGAGAGCUUGCGGCAGGAUGGGAUCGAGAUGGGCGAACGCCUCGAUCCGUCGCAGCAGCUGGGGUACAAGUAUGAGCUGGAUGUUGAUGGGGGGACCGGCAGCGGACGCGUGUGCAAGAUCCUGUCAAGCAAACAGAUGAUGAUCAAGCAGAUGAGCGAGUACUCUCAGUACUUUGACCCCCUACUGUGUCCCAACCAGCACUUUGUCCCCACACACCGAUACUUCUCCAAUCUGUACCAGCAGAUCGAAUGGGCACGGGACCACGACCAGGAAGCGCAGCAAAUCGUGAAGCAGGCCAAUCAGCUUGCGGGCGAGGUGUGCACGUGGGAAAGCCGUCGCCUCUACUGGGCGAUUCUACUGGUCAAGUAUGCAGCCAGCGCUAUGGAACACCCCAGCCAAGUCGUUCGCCCGGACACGUACCAGUGCGAGACUCGUCUUAUCCAAGAUGACGUGGAGAACAACUCAGUUUGCUCGAAACAGAAGCCGGAUGUUUGGCCUCCUAGGUGCAAGACACCAGAUGAGGACACAAACCAGCCACAGUGCACACAUUUCUGUGUGGGGAACAUGUUUGAGACCAAGUGGAAAUGGCUCACAACGGAUAUUCUGGAUGAUAUCCAGGUUUUUAAGCCCAAGAGUAUCUAG